UUCUCCAUCAAGGUUCCUUGUUCCUAGUUGUUUUGUAAAAAAAAAUGUGUGUACAUUUGUGACUUUACCAGAUAAAUUAAGAAAGUACUUGCAAAAUUAUCUGUUAGCCAAAGACGAUGACCAACAAUACCACGGUGAAGAAGGUUAUGCAAGUAACCGAGGAGGCGGCCCCAGCUCUGCACAUUCCCAUAAUGGUGGGCAAUGAGACGUUUGUGCUAACACAGCAGGACAUUCGGCGAGUGGAGGACAUCCGGAUGCUAACCUACAAUCGAAUGGAACCAAACGGGCAGCUUUUUCCCAUGGUCUCAUGUCCAACUGCUCCGGGGCCUUUCUGCCUGCCCACCACCACAAAUUUCUGCCCCCUAAACGAUAUUAUCGCCCGGCCCCCAACCAAAAGGGUCAAGUUGCAGCUGGACGAGGGCCACGAUGCGGAAAUCCCCGGCCGGAUAAAGACGGUGGCUAGUGUGGCCACUCAACUGGGCUGGUCCAAGAUCAAGGCGGAGUCGGAGUCCGUUUUUCCCCUUCGUUACAACACUUGCACCUCUACUUGCGGCCUGAUGACGAGCACCGGUUGCCAGCAUUCUCCAAGCUCCAAGAAGCAGGACUCGAGCUGCCAAACGCAAACCAAUUCCAGUUCCAGUCCUAGUCCAACUCCACUUACAACGAAGGAGUCGCCGCGGCACGCUGGUUGCCAAACUCAGACUACUCCCAGUCAAACUUCGAGUGCAAAGAAGGAGCCAAAGAACUCGGCUUGCCAGACGCAACCCAUCACAACCUCCACGGGCUGCAAUACCUCAUCCAGCCACCUUAUUGAAGGAACCUCCACCGAGUCGUAUCUAUCGGAUGAAAGUAAAUGUUCGUCGGAAGAGGAGACUAAGCAUCCCUGUCCGCGCUGCAAAUCGCAGCAAGCCUGUACGGAAAACGAGCUGAUGAAGCAGCAAAGAUGUUCGGUGGAGGAGCCUUGCACAUCGCGGAAAAUACACUUUGAUCUCUGUCCUCAAGAUCGGCAUGGGGAAUGCUUUGAGCGCAAAUCCUGUCCCCAGCAAUUGGAUAAGCGUGUAAAACAGGAGAAUGAGGGCUUUUAUAGGACGGUUCCAUUAAGUAGAUCCCUUUAUCGACAAACCCUCAGCAGAGCUACUGACUCCAAGUCAAGAAAAGCAGCAACUAACGACUUGACAAGACCCACCGAGCACAAUCCAAACUACGAGGAACUGCAGCAGGAGCGCAGAAUGUACGAUUCAACAGUCGCCAACAAGCACCAGUGAUGAUCGCCUUUCUAUAUUAACACUUACUUCAUUUACUUUUUGUAUACCCUUGCAAAGAUUUGUAAAAGUAGUGACCUUAUAAGAU